AUGUCGGAGCAAGGGCGCAUCGUCGGACCGAUCACGACCACCGCGGCGGCGAGAUGGAAGGAGCUCCAUGGCGAGCGGUCGUGGGACGGGCUGCUGCGGCCGCUGGACCUGGACCUGAGGCGCACGUUGAUCUGGUACGGUGAGAUGGCGCAGGCAACGUACGACGCGUUCAACCACGAGAGGCACUCGCCGCACGCCGGACUCUCGAGGUUCGGCAGGAAGCGCUUCUUCGAGCGCGUGAUGCUGCCGGGCCACGCCGCCGCGUACCGGGUCACCAGGUUCCUGUACGCCACGUCCUCCGCCCCCGCCGCUCCGGCCGCCGCGUUCGUGAGGGGCCGCCAUCCGCGGCACCGGUGCAAGGAUUCCAACUGGAUCGGGUACGUAGCGGUGGCCACUGAUGCAGGGAAGGCGGUGCUCAGUCGCCGGGACGUGGUCGUCGCGUGGCGCGGCACCAUCCAGGCGCUGGAGUGGGUCGACGACCUCGAGUUCGCCAUGGUGCAUCCCAAGGGCAUCCUUGGCGACGCCGCCGGUGCCGACGCCAUGGUGCACCGCGGCUGGUUCUCCAUCUACACCUCCACCGACCCGGCCUCCACCCACAACAAGGACAACGCGAGAAGCCAGGUGCUGGCUGAGGUGCGGAAGCUGGUGGACAUGUACAAGGACGAGGAGGUGAGCAUCACGGUGACCGGGCACAGCCUCGGAGCGGCGCUGGCCACCCUGAACGCUUUCGACAUCGUCGAAAACGGCUACAACUGCAUGGCCUCGGCGACGUUCCCGGUUACAGCGUUUGCGUUCGCCAGCCCGCGCGUGGGCGGCGCCGGCUUCAAGAAGCGGUUUGACGCAGCGGCCGCGGCCGUCGGCCUCCGCGUCCUGCGCGUCCGCAACGCCCGGGACAUCGUGCCCAAGUACCCGGCGCUGCUGUACCACGACGUGGGCUCCGAACUGGCCAUCGACACCGGCGCGUCGCCGUACCUGAGGGCGACCGGGGACAAGCGCGUGUGGCACAACCUGGAGUGCUACCUGCACGGUGUGGCGGGCGCGCCGACGGCGGCCGGAGGGGCGUUCGAAAUCGUGGUGGAGCGGGACGUGGCGCUGGUGAACAAGUUGUACGAUGCGCUGAGAGAGGAGCACGGGGUGCCUGCGGGGUGGUGGGUGCCGUGGAACAAGGGCAUGGUGAAGGGGGACGACGGACGCUGGAGGCUGGUGGACUGCGAAGACGAGGAUGGGGAGGACGCCGUCGUGCCACCGGUGAACAAGUGA